AUGUUCAGUCAACGAAUUGUCCAUUCUGGCCGCCGAAUCGCGCAGGCAGCGACUCGAUCCACAGUCAGGAACGGCGGCACGCGACGAGGCUAUGCCAGAGAGGCCAGCUCCACGUCUGCUUCCUCGAAAACCACCACGGCUCCGCCUCCUCCUCCUCCCCGAAGCAACUCUGGCAGCAGAAUUGCCCUCUACGGACUCGUAUUCACAACGAUUGGCGCAACCGCCACGUGGAAGACCAUGACGCUGGCCGGCAUGGGGUUCUACUCGGACGAGGAUAGCAACGCGCGAGCGGCGGCGCACGCGUCGGCGCAUGGCGACGAAACGACGCAGCGUAUUGAGGCGACCAUCAACGCGCACCCGCUCGUGGCGCAGCUGCGCGCGCGGCCCGAGAUGACCGAGUCGCGCCCGCACAUGAAGAUGCCGUCGUCGUACCGAGAGCGGACGCUGACGGGCGGCGCGCUGCUUGGGCCCGGCAAGAUGGUGGUGCCGCCAUUCUCGUGGACCGAGGACGGCGGCAAGUCGCUCGUCGGCGUGUCGUACGUCGGUGCUGAUCUGUGCGGCCACCCGGGCAUCGUCCACGGCGGCUUCAUUGCCACCAUGCUCGACGAGGGGCUCGCCCGCUGUUGCUUCGGUGCCCUGCCGCACAAUAUUGGCGUCACGGCCAAUCUCAGCAUCGACUACCGCAAGCCCAUGCCCGCCGACAGCUUUCUGGUGCUGCGGGCCACGACGACAAAGGUCGACGGCCGCAAGGCCUGGGUCAAGGGACAUAUUGAGCUGCUGCAGGAUGAGGGCGCCGAGCCCGUCAUCUUUGCCGAGGCCACGGCCAUGUUUGUGUCGCCAAAGCACGCUGCGGUUAUGCCGAAGAUUCAGUAA